UUACGUACCUAGCUAUAGGAACUCCACCAGCAAACAAACCCCGCCAUAACGGUUUAUCGCGACAAGUCAGUCAGUCCAACACCAACAAGUCGUCGACGAUGGCAACCCCUCGACCUAGCAUCGUGGGCCCGGACUCGGGUCCCGAGUCACCAUUUCCAUACAAGAUGGAAGGCAAAGUCAUAUCUGGAUUUGGCAGAGGAUCAAAAGAGCUUGGCAUCCCGACAGCCAACCUCCCUGUCGACGCCACCAUCACCCCCUGGAUCUCCUCAAUCUCCUCGGGCGUCUACUACGGCUGGGCAUCCCUCCAGCUUCCCCCAUCCCACCCGGAGUCCCCGUCGCCACCCGGCACAACCCCCCCUUCCUCCUCUUCCUCCCCCUACACAGUCUUCCCCAUGGUCAUGUCCAUCGGCUACAACCCCUUUUACAACAACACGGAGCGUUCCGCCGAGGUGCACAUCCUGCACAAGUUCACGGCCGACUUUUAUGACGCCCCCAUGAGGCUGCUCAUCCUGGGAUUUAUCCGCGAGGAGAAGAAUUACGACUCCCUGGAGGCCCUCGUCAAGGACAUCAACACGGACUGCGACGUCGCCAGGACGAGUCUGGACAGGAAGGCCUGGGUGCCCCAGGGCGGGCUGCUGCAUCCUGCCGUCGAUUUGAGCCAGAAGCAAGGUGAUCUCGAUGGAAGUUGGCUUGUGAGGCCAAACGAGAGCCCGAGCGACUAG